AUGGCGGACUCUGCAGCAGAGCAGUGGCAGAAACGGGGCGUGAGUCGGGCCGGGCCUGAGGGCUGGAUUGGUCUCGUGUCGGAGACAUACGGCAGUCAGACAGAGGCAGAACUCACAUUAGCCCAUCCCCUCUCUUUACCUCUGAGAAACCAUCCUCCUGCAGGUACAAAUGUAAACCGUGUUUCUCCUGUUCGUAUUUCAGUUUUUUCCGCCCUGGAAGCUGCAGCAAUUCCAACUUUAACAUGCAAUGCCACAAAGCUGGACGACAAUUCGAUCAAGCUCCAGAUCUCACCAAUACCUAGAUCCCCCAAAUGCCAAACAUCCUGGGAGGACGAGGAGCGCACUGUGAUUGUGGACAUAAAAUCAAAUUAUAACAAAAGCAUUGUUAAGACGGCACAGAAUGACUCAGUGGAGCUUCAUGUUUGUAAAGACUUCCUGCUCUACAAGGUGAAAUGUUGGGGGAUAUAUGGAAGAGAUCUGACUGCUGUCUGUGAAGUCAACUGCACCCGUUUGAUGGCAGAGGAUUCUCCUCCAGAAGACAAUGGUUUUCCCACAGGGGGAACUGUUGGCAUCACUCUUGCAAUAAUCGUCAUCCUUGCACUCAUCUUCAUCCUUGUACUCAUCAUCAUCCUUAGGAUAAAAACAUUUCCGAAUCAGGACUGCUGUGGAUUCACGUUUCACAACAAUCGCAGAUCCCAGACCAAGGGACUCCAGUCUUCACUGUCUCAGACCCAGAGUGAAGCAGACGCCAUCAUGGACAACCUUAAAAAUGAACAAGUCUCCACAGACGCCUCUCCGUUUCUACCUGAAAGAGCAGAUCCUGAAGAUCCUGAAGAUGUCAAGCCGACUCCUCUCUCUGCUUGUAACAGAGAACCAAGAAGUGCCUGAACUCCUGCCUGCAGCUCCUGCACUGCAGUAACUGUCUUCUGUCUGCUCAUUCAGAACGGUGCUUCCACAGAUGGAUCAGAACUGAGCUCAACACUCCUAACCUCAGGUCUUUAAACAGAUGCCAGUGCAAUACAGAGUUGAUUUUUAAGACUCUAAAGAACAUGUUACAAACCCCCAAAACACUGUUACUGUUUGAAGAGUAAUCCUCUAAAAACCUGCACUAUCUGCAGCAGCCCCUCCUAUACCCACAAAAACCAGCGGUUGGAAACGUGCUGAUGUAAGAUCGAUGCCAACAGCUCCCUCCAGGAAGAGUCUGUGCUGCAAGCGCCGCCCCAGACUAGCACAACACUCAGUUUAUCCCCUUAUCCAGAGAUGAUCAGCAAAAAAAACUUUCAUUUUAGAUGCAGAAUAUCGUACAUCUUCCAGUUGUGUCCUGUCUUCAAUAAAUUCCAGCUCAAACAGGAGUUUGUUAUACUUUAUACAUGGUGCUCCUUUUCACUGAUAAACCUGUAUAUGUUAUAAAUUUAAAAUAAAUGUAUUUUCUAAA